AACAUGCUAAUAUCCUCCUGACAACGAAGCGGUGAGAUGGUCGGCAGAACUCCCACCGCCCUAUUGGCUGGUGAGGUUGGUGUUCUGGCCUACCGGAGCAAAAAGAGGCUUCAGAACCGCCUACCAAAAUCCCUCGCCUUUCCGGCAAUAGGUUCGCCGCCUUCAGAAGCCAGGAGCGAAGUCGAGCAAGCUCAGCGUCUGUCUCUUCUUCACCCUUCCCAUCUCCAGCGCCAGUCGACCUUGACGAGUUUGAGCGUUGGCAACUGGAAGAGAGCGACUCUGAUCGGUACGAGGAGGAUCCCCGUGCCUACUGGCAUAAAAGAAGAAGCACCUAUCCACGGCUUGCGCGUAUGGCGUUGGAUCUACACACAGUACUUCCCAUGAGCGCAGGGGUUGAGCGUUUGUUCAGCGUUACCGGCGACAUGGUUACUCCUCUCCGCAACCGGCUCCAGGCAAACACUAUAGCUCUGUGUCAGAUCCUUCGCAGCUGGUACGACGCCGGCAUGAUCAGUGAUCUUGAUCCAAUACUGUCAUGGAAGACACGUGAACCCAGAGAAGAUGACUGAUGACGGCCAGGGUAAGGGAUGGAUAUGGGGUGGCCGGUUUUCUUUUUGUUGCAGGGGCAGCAAGCGGGGCAGAAAAAUGGUCAUUGGCUGGAUGCGGAAGAAAUAUGUGGGGCAAAGCAAGAAAUGUGGGUGUUAUCGCCCACGUGACGGCAACUGCAAUAUAUUGCAUCCACUCCCAUGUGAGCC